UUCUACAGUGCUCGCAUGAGCACCGUUGAAAUCGCCUAACCGAUCUUAUCAAUUUGUUUCUUCGUCCAAAGAGAAAGAAGUUCCGACAAGCAAAACAGUAAGCUGCGAGUUCUAAGAUGAGAGGCAUUUCGGUAUUUCUUCUUUGUAUCACUGGCCUCGCUGUCGCUCAACAGUCGAUCGCUGAACAACCGUUGGUCACUGCUCCAAUUGGGAAAAUUCGUGGGUCUAUUUUGACCUCUAGACUCGGAAAAGAAAUUUAUUCGUUCCGUGGUAUAAGAUAUGGCGAACCACCUGUUGGAUCCCAACGUUUCCAGCCUCCAAUCCCAGCGAAAGAUUGGCAAAACGUUUUCGACGCAACCGAAGAAGGACCCAGUUGUCCUCAAUCUAAUGGUACACUAGUAUCGGAAGAUUGUCUACGUUUAAAUGUGUAUACUACCAAACUACCAUGUAAAAGCGAGAACGUAUCGAGACCGGUAAUGAUCUUCAUACAUCCAGGAGGCUUUUAUAGUUUCUCAGGACAAAGUAUAAACUUUGGACCACAGUAUCUGUUGGAUAAAGAUAUUGUUUUGGUUACAAUAAAUUAUCGCCUUGGGGCGUUAGGUUUCUUGAGUACCGGUGACAGUGCGGCACCAGGUAACAUGGGUCUAAAGGACCAAGUCGCAGCUUUCCGUUGGGUUCAAAGAAACAUAGCUGCUUUUGGUGGCAAUCCAAACUCCGUCACUCUAUGCGGUUAUAGCGCAGGAAGUUUCAGUAUUAUGUUGCAUUUGGUGUCUCCAAUGUCUCGCAAUCUUUUUCACAGAGCUAUCACGAUGAGUUCUUCGGCUAUAGGACUAGAAGUAUAUUCGGGAAUAUCGCAACAUGGACAAAUCCAACUGGUUCAGAAGCAGGCAAGACUAUUGAAUUGUUCCACUGACUCGACCAGCGCUAUGGUAGAUUGCUUGCGGUCGAAACCUGUAGAAAACUUCAUAGUCACGUUGGGCUCCUUAUUCGAUUGGUACGCAACUCCCAUUUUGUUGUGGACACCCGCUGUGGAACCGGAAGUUCCUGGUGUUGAAAGGUUCCUGUCUGAACAGCCGUACGACGUAAUAAAGCAAGAGAGAUUCUAUCAGGUUCCUUUAAUGAUGGGAGUUACAGAAGAAGAAUUUGCCGGUAUAGUUGCGUAUUAUGAAAAUGCAACACAAGAAGGUAAUUCUGUGUACCCUGAGUUGAACGAUAAUUGGAAUACUCUCGCUCCAAUCGUAUUUAUGUACGAACGUAAUACAUCGCGAUCGAAUUACAUUAGUAGGGAAUUACGGAAAUUCUAUUUCAACGAUCAGCCAAUUAACUCGGCUAACAGCAAGAAGCUCGGUGAUAUAUACUGUGAUUCUAUAAUUACAUUCCCUAUGUACCGAGCAAUCAAGUUAUUCGCUACGUAUUCAAAAUUGCCGGUAUACUUUUAUAAAUUUUCGUUCCAAGGACGAUACAGCUUUUAUAUGUUGAACGCCACUACUCCAUAUGGUGUAUGUCAUCAUGACGAUCUGCAGUAUCUUUUCUUCAUAAAGAGCCGCUUCCCAUACUUCAACAGCGACGCACCAGAGAUCCCUAUGGUGGAAAUUUCUACCAGCAUAUGGUCAAAUUUCGUUAUAAAUGGCGAACCGAUUCCUAAACACGAUGGUCAACUGAGGAAUGUAAGGUGGGACAAAUUUGUACCCGAGCAAAACAAUUUCUUGGAGUUGAAUCUUCAUCCAUCGAUCAAAACUGAAUUCUUCCCUGAAAGAAUGCAAGAAUGGGAAAGAUUGUUUCCUGAACCAUCAGUCCGAAAUACAGUGAAGCAUUAAACCCAUAAAUCUGAUGGUUGGAGUUUCAUCAUAGUUUCGCCGAGUCCUAAAACUUUUUACCUUGAGAUGGAUUCUUUAUCCCAUGAGGAAGUUCGGCUUCCUAAAAUUAAUGAUAUGUAGCAGUAAACAAUAUCAUCGUUAUUUAAGAAAUGCUAUUUGUAAAUAAAAAAUUGUGGCAAGUUUUUCUUAUACGACAAUGCGAAAAAUAUUUGCCACAAAUCCCACUAUCUCCAUUGGACACUGCAAGAUGUAUCGUUGUUUGCGCGCCCUAUUUGGUUGUUUUGGAAAAUGUGUUCAGCAAAAAAUGUAAUCCCGAAGAAGUGGAGGCGGGACACUUUUCCAGAUUCCAGUGCUUAUUAUACCAGGAUGAAAAGCAAUUGGCUGUCACGCCAAAGCCUUCAAGACGUUGUGCUAAUUCUAGUGUAUAAACGAUGUUUGCAUAUUUGGAAACAUAGUAUAAAUAACCAGGCAAAGGUGUCGUUGGAUUUACAUUAUUUAAAUUUAACCUCGCUAAGUAAUACAGUCCCGAUGCAACAACGAUUAUUCGACUUGAUUUCGAUCGUUUUAGUAAGUCUGCAAAAUAAUUCUACAAGUAGUAUCUUAGAAUGAAGAAGUUAAAAAAGAAAUUGUCGUCCCUAUCAAAAGAUGUGUGAGUAAGAAUGGACUAUAGUGAUUUGUUCCCAUAGUCCUUGGAAUUAUAUAGAAUAUUGUGCGUCCGAGCAAAUGUUAAAACAUUUCGGCCGAAGGAUGGAUUAGAACAUAUGUUUAGGUCACAGGACGUAACACUUAUAUUAUUGCGAAAUAUAUAUGAAUCAUAAUUAACAUUGUUUUUUAAAUAAAGAGUAUUUCUUUAAAUAUUA